GGAACAGAUCCAACAACAGAGAUGCCAACUUCAGCACCUACAGUGGACUUUUGCCAUGGAGAUCCUUGUGGAAGAAGUUCAGCUACAUGUAUUUCCUUACAAAGCAAUUAUACCUGUGUGUGCGAAUAUGGAUACUACUACAGCAACAAGAAUUGUUACAAAGGGGAAGUAUUCCCAGCCACCAUUGCAGUGAACAUGCCUUACAGCAAAAAUCUUGAAAUUGUGAAUUCCACAGAGUAUCAAGAACUGUCCAACAAUGUGUCAGCAUUUUUUAAGAAGGCCUUCAAAGAUCUACCAGGCUAUGAAGAAACUGUCAUCAUGAAAAUUCAACCACUAAGUGAAAACAGAAAUUCUGAUUCAGGACUGAAUAUAACAGUGACAAACCUGUUCAAAGAGAACUCCAAUCAAAGUGCAGCUGCAGUUAGCGCUGCAGUAGAAGCUGUAACCAAGAAUGACACGUCCUUUGUCAAGGCUUAUGAGGCGGCAAAACAUUGUGAUGUUUAUGAAUGUGAUCUUAAGACCACAGUGUGUGAAGAGGACCAGUUUCCACAAUGCAAAUGCAAACCUGAUUUAGAAAAGACAAAAUGGGAUGAUCGUUCUUGUUCAGUUUGCAGUGCAAACUGCUCUGCAGCAAAAUACAAGUACUGUGUACAAGAAGAGGGUCCAAAAUGCAAAUGUAUGAUUAACUUUAAAAAGGAGGACGAAGAAUGCGUGCCCUGUCCAGUGGGCUACUCUGGGGAGAACUGCAGUGACAACAGUGAGCUCAUCCUUAUAAUAGUGGGCACAGUGUUUGGAGCCAUUAUCCUGUGUUUAGUGAUAGCAGUCUCUGUUAUUUCAGUCAGAGCAAAGCACAAACAAAAUCCAGAGAAGAGGAGCCUGAUCAGGUCAGGGUAUUCUGACAGGACCACCUCUGAUGACAGACCAAGCAUGUUCCCCAGGGUCCAGACCACCUCUGGCCAUGCAAACCCAGGAUAUCAGCCCAACAACCCCUACGAGAUGCGUUCCAGAAACAGAGAUCAUUUUCCAGAGAGGGAUUAUGAUGAUUUGUAUGAAAUAUCACGGGAGCCCACAGGCUUUAGGACACAGAGCAGAUAUUGAGUGACCAGAGCAGUAGAAGGAUGGAUGAGCACCACAGCC